CUUUGACUCGUACUGAUGAGAAUUUGACUCCACGAGAAAUGGAACAAAAAGCGGCUGAAUUGGCCUAUUUCUUGUGUGUACCAAUUGAAGUAUUUUGAAAAAUGGGCUGAAAUUAUGAAUGCUUUCUUAACUUGGCGUAAGAUAAAAAAUCUAGAAUAUUUUUUUCUACGGCAUACCUUAAUCUCAUCAGAACGCCCACUCGGGUCAAAACAGACGUAUACAGAACAACCAAAAGGGAAAACUUUUUAUGCCUACAAAUAAUAGGUCUUUAAAUGGAAAUCCAUUCAAUUCCGUAACAAAAAAAAUAGUAUUUUUUUUGUCCAGUAAGUAUUUGUAAUUGAUAUAUAAAAUACAAAUAAAUAAUGUAAAUUUUUUAUGUUAUCUCUUUUUCAGUAAUACUUUCUUUUGUUCUCUUUAAUGAUCAAAUAAUUGGAUUUAUUAUAAUUUAUAACGAUAAUUAUCCAAACUCUUUUGUGUUUUGCCACCCAUUUUUAUCAUCACAUUCAGGCCUUCAAUUCUGUUUUUGUGCUAUGAUUAACUUGUGCAAUUUUUUAAAAUAUUUUCUAUUUUGGUAGAAAGUGAGUUCUUUCAUCUUGAAAUCGAAAUAAUAUCACUUAAUUGAAAAAUGAAGUGGUUCUGCCGCGUAUUCAUUAACAAUUUAUAGAUGAAAAAAAAAUGGAAAAAAAGAAAGUAUUUAUUCCUUUUCUAUAUCUUAUAUCUAUAGUAUUUUUACCCUGGUGGAUCUAUCUAUCAUUUCAAAAAAGUCUGGAAUCUUGGGUUACUACUUGGUGGAAUACUAAGCAAUCUGAAACUUUUUUGAAUGAUAUUCAAGAAAAAAUGCUUUUCGAAAAAUUCAUCGAAUUAGAGGAGCUCCGCUUGUUGGACGAAAUGAUAAAGGAAUAUCCAGAAACACAGUUACAAAAACUCGGUAUAGGAAUCCACAAUGAAACGAUUCAAUUGAUCAAGAUGCACAAUGAGGAUUGUAUCCAUAUGAUUUUGCACCUCUCGACAAAUUUAAUCUGUUUCCUUAUUCUAGGCGGUUAUUCCAUUCUGGGAAAUAAAGAACUUAUUCUUCUUAAUUCUUGGGUUCAGGAAUUCCUAUAUAACUUAAGCGACACAAUAAAAGCUUUUUCUAUUCUUUUAGUAACCGAUUUAUGUAUCGGAUUUCAUUCACCCCAGGGUUGGGAACUACUAAUUGAAUCUAUCUACAAAGAUUUUGGAUUUGCCGAUAACGAUCAAAUUAUAUCGAGUCUUGUUUCCACUUUUCCAGUCAUUCUAGAUACAAUUUUGAAAUAUUGGAUAUUCCGUUCUUUAAAUCGUGUAUCCCCAUCGCUUGUAGUGAUUUAUCAUUCAAUGAAUGACUGAAAAGAAGA